UUAAAUUCUAACCUAACUUUAACCUGUCUCUAAGUAUGUAUAAACAACAAUAAAUCAACAAAUAGAGAAGUUCUUGGGGGUGAAAUGAUGCAAAAAUAAUUAUUUAACGCGACUGUAACUGCAAACAAUCUAGUCAAUAUGAGUGGUGACAAUCAUCAACAGAUCUCCCUAUUUCUGUACAUUUUAUGCUUAGAGAUAAUGGUAACAAACUCGAAAACGUCGUAUUUAUGGCGAUUGAGCGAGGACAAGUCCAAAAUAGUCGAGGUGAAGGUGUUUGAUCAGGAAAUUGUGUAUUCAUCGAGGGCCAAUAUAUUUCCCGAAGAAGAUCCUUUAUUCCAAAUAAUUGCUUCCACAGAACAUGACGGCAAGGGGUGGAUUAAACGAGCGCCAAUCAAUUUAUUUUGCAAUAACUGCCAAAACCUUAAUCAAAGGAAUGCAUUUGUUAAUGGCUCCAGUGCUGAAGCAAUAGUUAAUUAUGAUGAUGACAUAUUAGACUGUGGAAAAUCUGCUGAAUAUACUUAUUACGAUAAUCUGGUGGGGGUUUUUAACAGGAAAAAACAUCCUAGUGUGCCUGAACCCAAUGCUAUUUUCACAUUUAUUAAGAAAAAACACCUUAUUGGUAUGCCAGAGUUGGAUAUUGAUGCUCUGGAAAAGAAACUAAAAAAAUCCAAGAAAGAGAAGCCAAAAUCCAUAUACGUUUACAACCAAAUAGGUCAAUUCUACCGAAUGAAGGGUAACGCCGAACAGUCAAUAGAGUGCUUCCGUAAAGCCCUCAGCAUGUCCCCGCACAACGCGGAAGUCCUCCUCAAUUUAGCCAGAAACCUAAUGGCCCUCCAAUAUUUAGACGACGCCAUUUUUCUCACAAGGAGAUCCAUAGAGUUCCUUACCACGGAAAAGGUUCCCUGGCAGCAGUACUUCACUCUUGGUGAAAUUUUUAGGGCUUACGGCCAUCACCAGGAAGCCAUGCUGCAUUUCAGGCAUACUUUAGACUUAAAACCAGGCUUUGAACCUGCCAUUUUAGCUCUUAAAGAAAUGGAAAAUCUGCCAACCACAACCCUGCAUGCAUAUACGUUAAUAAUUAUUGUAUGCUUGGUGGUGGGCGUACUUUUGGUGAUAAUUUCUUCUGUAGACUGUGGUGGGGAAGAUUCGGACACAAAAUUCCACCACCGACAUUUCAAUAAAGCAAUGGCGAUGAGGUCACUUCGUUUUGGAGUGUCUCAGAAGCGCAAAAAAAGUUCUUUAUGAACUUUUUAAAUUUCGGACUGUACUUUACUAAUAUUAUUAUAUCGUGACAUAAUGCUGCAAUUAUUUGUUUCUUUGUACCUGUUGAAGUUGCUCAUUUAUUUAAAUUAAUUAAUAAUUAAAUAGGGUUAAUGCAUUUUGUAGUUUUACUUUGGGUUAAGUAUUUUAAAA